CAACCUUUUAGGUAAUUGCUCUUAUAUAAAUAUACAUUACUUCUAAGUUCUCAACCUUCAUUACAAAUCCUCUCAAUUCAGGUUUCUUUUCUAACAAGCAAAAACUCCAACCUUUACUUUAUUUUUGUUUUGUUUUGUAACCCUCUCAGAUCUUAAUUCUCAAAGAAGUAUGAAGAGAGAAAGAUCUGAUUUCGAAGAAUCCCUCAAGAAUAUUGACAUUGCUAAAUGUCUGAUGAUACUAGCACAAACCUCCAUGGUCAAACAGAUCGGUUUGAACCAACAUACCGAGAGCCAUACAAGCAACCAAUUCGAAUGCAAAACAUGUAACAAGAGAUUUUCUUCGUUUCAAGCCCUUGGUGGCCACCGGGCAAGCCAUAAGAAGCCAAAGCUCACCGUUGAGCAGAAAGAUGUGAAACAUCUUAGCAACGAUUAUAAAGGAAAUCAUUUUCACAAGUGUUCCAUAUGCAGUCAGAGUUUUGGGACCGGACAGGCUUUAGGUGGUCACAUGAGACGGCAUAGGUCAAGCAUGACGGUCGAGCCAUCGUUCAUCUCUCCGAUGAUUCCAUCCAUGCCGGUUUUGAAACGAUGCGGUAGUAGUAAGAGGAUUUUGAGUUUGGAUUUGAAUCUGACUCCGUUAGAGAAUGAUCUUGAAUAUAUCUUUGGGAAGACAUUUGUCCCAAAAAUAGAUAUGAAGUUCGUUCUUUAGUUUUUUUUUUCUUUAUCUUUAAGAAGACAUUUGUCCCAAAAAUGAUUCAUUUGUAUUGUAAUUCCUAUUCUUUUAAUUCUUCAAACGUUAAUGUCAACAAACUUCAUGGUAUAUGUGUGGGGUCCCUACUCCCUAUAUAGUAUAUUCAUAUGUGCGUUCUUGGUUAUCAUGUACGCUAGAAAAAGAUUUUAAACUAAAUUAUUUAGUUUCCAUUCCUGGAACAAGUACAACAUA